AUAAACACAGGUCGGCUGAGAAACUGUUGCUGAUAAAUAUUCGCUUAUUUUUUUUACAAAAAAAUGUGUUCUAAAUACAACGGCAGCAUACGAAAAACAACUUGACAGUGCUAUGAAUCCUUUAAAUAUUGCAGAAUGGUCCCCAGACCAAGUAGCGGAAUGGAUGUCGGGUUUGGGGCCUAUGGUCGCACAGUAUGCGCCAGAACUAUUAAGCAGAGGUGUAAAUGGAACUAAACUAUUGACCCUACGAUGUGACGAUCUUGAAUAUCUUGGUAUCAGGAUCAUUGGACACCAGGAGCUGUUGCUAGAGGCUGUGGAACAUUUACGGAACUUUCACUAUGAGAUAUCGCGCGAGUGCGUGCAGCAGCUCGCGCUGCGCGUGUCGGCCGCGGCCGCGUCGCUGGCCCGCGCGCUGCGCCACCACGCCGACACGCGCCUCGAGACGCACUCGCUGGCAGAUGUCGCGCGGACGGUGCAAGCUGUCAAGCCGCUGGUUUGCUGGUUGGAUAGGUGGCCGCUGUGCUCGGGCGCGCCGCUGGCGGAGCGCAAGGCGGCGCUGCUGAAGCUGUCGCUGGAGGCGGCCACGUGCGCGCAGCGCGACCGCUUCGCCGAGCAGCCCGCGCGCGCCGUGGCCGCCGCCGCCGCCGCCGCUGCCGCCACCGCUGACUACAUCAUACAGGACGUGUCCGACCCGAUGAUCCUGCAGCCGGCGUGGGUGGACACGGUGUCGCUGAAGCAGGGCGGGCGCGCGCUGGGCUUCCAGGUGGUGCCGUCCUUCUGCGGCCACCACCAGCUCGCGCACAUCCGCUUCGGCUCGCCCGCGCACGCCUCGGGCCACGUGCACGAGGGGGACGAGAUCGUGCAGGUGGGCAACACGUGCUUCUUCUUCUUCAAACUUCUCGACUUCGAAGAGGGGAAGAUGCCUCGCACGACGCUGGCGGAGGGCGACAGCGCCGUCUUGGGCGAGUGUAGAUCCAGCGACGGCGCGUCGCUGGCCGAGCCCAGCACGAUGUCCCCGUCGCGCCCGCCCACCGCGUCGUCCCGGCGCCCCAGCGUGUCGUCGCGCCGGCUGCUCGGAGCGGGCUCCGGCUCGCCGUUGAUCGGCGGCAGCUCCCUGGGCUCCGUGAACACGAGCUGGAUGUCGUGUUUGAGCGCGCGCGCGGACUGCAUGAUCUACCUGGAGGGCUGCACGGUGAGCGCGGCGGGCGAGGUGAAGUCGCGCGCGCACGCCUUCAAGGUGUACCACACGGGCACCGCCGUGUACUUCGCCGCCGCCUCGCGCGACGCCAUGCUGGCCUGGAUCCAGCUCGUGCACCGCGCCACGCUGCUGCCGCCCACGCUGCCCGCCAACACGGACUUCAAGCAGUUCUCAGAAACAGAUUACUCGGAUACCGAGUCGGAAACGGAGAGCUCCGAAAGGAGAGAGAAAGACAGGGAGAAGGAGAAAGAGAAAGAGAAAGACAAGUCCAAGUUUGGUUCUUUAAAGAAACUGACUCAGAGGAGCGGUCGGAGUGAGAGUCAGGAGAACGUUAGCCAGCCAGCUUCGAGUUUGGACAGGAAAUACUUGCGGUUCUUCUCGCGGGCUAAAGCAAAAGACGACCCAAAGAAUACCAAGAACAAGCAGUCGAUCCCAACGCCCACGGAGCAGUACCGCAGCCUCGACUUCGAGAAGAGCGACUUCGUGGCGAGGCCCAGCAUCCAGCCGCGGCCCAAGCACAAGCCGGAAAAGCUGGUUGGCUUCGUAACCCUCGAGGAGUUCAUGCUGAAGAAGCAGGAGGAGGAGCGGCGGCAGGUGUACUCGGAGCGCGUGCUGCUGGGCGUGACGGAGCGGCGCGAGCUGCAGCGCCGCCUCGACCGCAUCGUGCCCGACGUCAUCUACGGCGAGCUGGACCCGCCCCACCCCCACGCCCACUCCCACUCCCACUCCCAGCCACACUCCAGGCCCGCCGGCGACGGAUAUGAAAAGAUUGUAUUUCCUGAUGAGCGAACUGACAAUAACCGACAAGAGUCGUUCAGAAAAAAGGAGAAGGUACAUCUAACUACAUCGAAUUCUGGACAAACACAAACGACCACAGAAAGUUCGGGCGGAGCGAGCGUGUCUCGCCUGAGGCUCAUGUUUGGAGGAAGACAGGAGGAGGGGCGCGCGCGCGCGGGGCAGUACCCGCACCUGCAGUGCCCGCCCACCUUCCAGCCCGAGACCUACUCGCUGGCGCGCCUCGCGCCGCCGCCCGCCCCGCCCUGA